UGGUCGCGUGCCUUGAGGGAUUUCGUUAGGUUUUGGAACGGUUGGCAUGUAAAGCUUCACGUCUGAUGUUCUUGAGUGGAAUUUCCGCGUGUCGUGGGAGAUUGCUGCUGUUCGAAGCUAUAAAAACUCGAUCUUUGUGCGUAGAGAUCGAGGAAGAUUAGGAAAUUGGGCGUGGGUAUGGUUGCAUAGGCUACGCUAGCACACGGCGGGUGCUCGUUGAUGCAUGAGAGAAAUUACUGGUGUUCGAGGGCCAAAAAACUUCUGCUUCAUUUUUAAAAAAUAGAGGCACUUGUGGAGAAAAUUGUCUUUCGUUACUUCUACUAUGGUUCAUCAUUCAGUCGGUGAUGAGUCAUCAUCAGAAGCACAAUAUGCUGGGCCUUUAGGAAGAUUAGCCACACUAUCAUAUGGUGCUGGACACAUGCUAAAUGAUAUCACAUCGGCAUGUUGGUUCACUUAUCUUUUGUUGUUCCUGACAGAUAUAGGACUAAGUCCAAGGGAUGCGGCGAUUGUCAUGCUCUCUGGCCAAGUUGCUGAUGGCUUCACUACAAUCUUUGUUGGGGAGCUGAUAGAUCGGUUUGGGCACUUCAAACUAUGGCAUGCUGGAGGGUCUUUUCUGGUUGCUGUCUCUUUUUCAUCUGUUUUUGGUAGCUGCCUUCCUUGUAAAGUCAUGGGCAGCAACUCGCUUACGUUGCAAACUAUUGGCUACAGCACAUUUGCUGCAAUUUUUAAUGUGGGUUGGGCUGUUACCCAAGUUUCUCACAUGUCAAUGGUGAAUUGCAUCACUCUUAAUCCAACAAGCAGAGUCGCACUUGCAAGUUGUCGUAAUGCCUUCACAAUGGUAGCCAAUCUUAGUCUCUAUGCAGUUGCUUUAUGUGUGUUCAGUCUUUAUAGUUCUGAGGACACUGUGGAUAUCAAGAUUCAGUACCGCUGGAUUGCUUACCUGUCCAUUUUCAUGGGGUGCUGCUUUGUGGUCCUGUUCCUUGUUUGUACCAAAGAACCGCAGUUGAAGCUGCAAAUUCAGUGUAAAAACGUUUCCAGUAUCUCAUGGACCCACUGGUUCAAAAAAAUACUCUACUAUCAAGUUGCUCUUGUUUAUACACUUACCCGGCUGGUGACAAAUGUUUCACAGGCACUGCUUGCUUUUUUUGUCACUAAUGAAUUGGGCAUGGGCCAAUCGUCAAAGGCUUUGGUGCCUGCCAUUAUAUAUAUUUGCAGCUUCCUGGUGUCUGUUAUUCUGCAGGAGAUUAGAUGGUCUGGGUGGCGCCUUAAGGCCUUCUUUAAUGCUGGAGCCAUUCUUUGGAUGUUUUCUGGUGCAGGAGUAUCUGUUCUUCCAGACAGCAUGCACAAUCUUAUGUACAUUCUCUCAAUAGCAAUUGGUGCUGCUAAUGCUUUGAUGAUGGUGACAGGAAUUAGCAUGGAAAGCAUGCUGGUUGGAGAAAACCUAAACGGAUGUGCUUUCGUGUAUGGAUCACUAAGUUUUGUUGAUAAAUUAUCAUGCGGCCUCGCUUUGUAUGUUCUCGAGUCAUAUCAAGGUUCACCUGAUGUCAUGGGGAACCUUGGCAGUAAUGUCAGUCAUUCAGUAAACAGAUAUGGUCUGGGAGUGAUUCCUGCAACCUGUGCAUUUCUUUCUGCUGUCAUCACAUACACCAUGAAACUUCCAGAUACCACCAGUUCAAGCAAUCUGGUAGAACCCCUUCUUGCAUGAUUUUGGAGGUGGAGGGUGGAUGAUUUCUGUAUGCUUUCAUGUAUGUUCUACAUCACCUGGAAUCUCUCUUCCAAGUUGACAUGAAAUGUGCAUGGAGAGCAAGCGGUUGACUUCCAUCUUCAAGUAUUGACUGCAUCAUUUCUUGGCACAACUAAUAUGUACAUAUGAUUAUUUUCUAGGAUGGAGUUUGGUAUUUGCUGAAGUCAGGUAAUUUCACUGUAUCAGGAAAAAAACAUAUUUCAUUUGUUCCUAAGCAUCUUUUGCAUUGCAAUAUAGUUUCUAAUUCCAAAAAGCAUCAAAUUCCUGCA